AUCUCAAUUUAGACGCUAGCAUGUGAUGCUGAAAGUAGGAUUUAACUCAAUUUCUAGCGUCACACAUGUGACGAGUUCGGUUGUGAUCAUUGUAAUCAAAAUAGAUCGAGACACUACAAAUAUAAUGGAAUUUGGAGAUGAGAAUUACGAAUUUGUCCAAAUAUGUGGAGUGUGCGAGCAGAUAUGUAAUGAACCAAACAUAAAAGAUCAUGAUUGUUUACAUGGAUACAGUUCUUAUAUUGUUGAUCCUACAACAUUGUAUUUUUAUCCAUUAGCAGAUCAGGGCUCGGCACGAAAUGCACAUUUCGGCCGAUUUUUGAGUCGGCUACGCCUCCCGCUAUCCCCCUCAUCGCACCGCCCCGCGCGCAAUCCAAAUGCCGCUCAACGCUUAGGAAUGUACUAAGGCGCUCGUAGAUGUAAGGGACAUUCAUUCGGGGCAAUCGACACGUUGUAAUCUUUAUUUUAAAAAAAAGGUAAAAAAAGCGCUAAGCGUUGGUGAAAC